AAGAAAGUUUUCCCGCCAAAUUGUUUGUCUGGUAUUAUCUUGGUGCGGGGAAGUUGCAGUGGGCUUCACAACGUAGCCAUGGCAGAAAGGGAUUCAGCUGUGCAUACGCCGUUGCCACCAUUGUCAUAUUCCAAUAAACAGAAAUCCCAUAAAUCGUCAAGCGCUCGGAAGUCUGGACCAUUAACUCCGGAGCCCCUUCCGUCACGGGGGCAAGUGACAAAACGUCUAUUUUUUGCCGGAGAAGAAGGAGGAGGAAAAGAAGGAGAGAAAGAGAAAGCAGCAGAAGAUGAUCUCAAAACGCCAUUGUACGAAUCGCCUCCGAAGAAGCCCAAGUCCCACCCAAGCACUGAUAAUGAAAAUGAAGAGAAAAGCUCUGGUCCAAAGUCUAAAAGGGUGCUUGAUUUUGCAAGCACCACUAAAUCCGUCAGACGGUCUUCUCGCCUGCAGAAGCCCGACGAAGUGGAGGCACCUACUUCGCCCCUUCACAACGAGCCCGUCAAAUCUUCUAUUAGAAUCUCCGCCAAAAAGACUACCAAAAAGCAGCCCAAAUCCGCUACUAUAACCCCCGCCCGGCACAAGCCCAGUAAAAAGAGUCACCAAAGAGCCAGGCGAUUAAAGUGCGUUGCUCAGAAAACUGAGCAUGCUGACAGGAUAAAAAAUAAAGUUACGAAGAAGGCUUGUAAGGGGUUUAGUAAAGUGGUGUUUGAUGGAGUUGAGUUUAGGGUUGGGGACUGUGUUUAUGUGAGGCGCCAGGAUUCGAGCUCUGAUUCGGAUGAAGCGGACUGCGAGGAGUGCCAAAUCUGUAGCAAGGUUGGAAAGGGGAUUAUGGUGGAAUGUGACGAGUGCUUGGGAGGGUUUCAUCUGUCCUGCUUGAAACCUCCCUUGAAGCAGGUUCCCCAGGACAAGUGGCUCUGUCCAUAUUGUGAACGAAAUGAAGGGAACACAAUCCAGCGGAGACGCAGAAGAAAGACCAAGAAGACUGCCAGAGAAAAGCUUCUUAAUUCUCAGUUGUGGGCUGCUAGGAUUGAUAGGUUGUGGAAGGAACCAGGUGGUUCUUACAGGUUUACAGGACGCUGGUUUAUUAUACCUGAAGAGACAACAAUUGGAAGGCAACCUCACAACCUUAAGAGGGAGCUUUUUCAAACUAAUCAUUUUGACGACAACGAGAUGGAGUCCAUCCUUAGACAUUGCUAUGUUAAGGGCCCCAAAGAAUUUGAGAAAUGCACUGAGGGAGAUGAUGUAUUUCUCUGUGAGUAUGAGUAUGAUAUCAAUUGGCAUGCUUUCAAGCGCUUGGCAGAUGCAGAUGUUGAUGAAGAGAGCAAUAGAAGUUUGGAUAGUGAGAAUGAUUGGAAUUCUUCUGAGGAUUCUGGAGAAGAUGAUUUUGAGGAUGAAGAAGAGGAUUUUCAGGAAAAGCCUGUGAAAGCGAAAUCAACAGCUAAGACUCCAUGCAGCCAGAAGUCUUCACUUUCUGUAAAGGCUGUGAAUACAUACAGGGGAUGUAUCAUUGGACUAGAAAAAAUAGGAACAAAAAAAAUCCCAGAUAGGGCAAGGUGUCGCCGGCAAACUGAUCUUGACAGAGCAAAGGCAACUCUUAUGCUAGCCGCUUCUCCUGGUUCACUGCCUUGCAGAAACAAAGAAAUAGAUGAGAUAACAGGAUUUGUGAUGGGAGCACUAGCUGCUGGAAGCCAAUGUUUGGGUCGAUGUCUUUACAUACAUGGGGUGCCAGGGACUGGAAAGACAGCAACUGUGUUAACAGUCAUGAAGAAGCUUCGGGCUAAAGUUGAUGCUAAGGUUAUUCAGCCCUACCGAUUUGUAGAGAUAAAUGGGCUUAAACUUGCUCAGCCAGAGAAUCUCUACAAGGUUCUCUAUGAGGCAUUGACUGGACAUAGAGUAAGCUGGAAAAAAGCCCUUCAAUUUCUAAAUCAACGAUUCUCAGAAACAAAGCAGACAAGCAAGAAUGAUUGUCAACCCUGCAUUCUGCUUAUAGAUGAGCUUGAUCUUCUUGUCACAAGAAAUCAAUCAGUUCUAUACAACAUAUUUGAUUGGCCGACUAGAGCCCAUUCUCAGUUGAUAGUCAUUGGUAUAGCAAACACAAUGGAUCUGCCAGAGAAAUUGCUUCCACGUAUAGCAAGUCGUAUGGGAAUGCAAAGAUUGUGCUUUGGCCCCUAUUCUUAUCAGCAGCUGCAGGAGAUUAUUUCUAGUCGUCUAAAUGGAAUUGAGGCAUUUGAAAAACAGGCCGUUGAGUUUGUUUCACGGAAGGUUGCAGCAGUUUCUGGAGAUGCUCGUCGAGCAUUGGAGCUAUGUAGACGUGCUGCAGAGCUUGCAGAAUUCAGAGUCCAACAGUGCUCCAUCUCUCUAAAAACUGCAUCAAAUGAAUUGAAUGUCAGUGGGGGUGGCACAUUAAAAAAUUUGGUUGGCAUGGCAGACAUUGAAGCUGCAAUUCACGAAAUGUUUCAAGCCCCUCACAUUCAGAUAAUGAGGAGGUGUUCAAGACUUGCCAAAAUUUUUCUUGCAGCAAUGGUUUAUGAGAACUUUAAAACAGGAACAUCAGAGACAACAUUUGAAAAGCUUGCAACCUCUAUUUCAUUCCUAUGCACAAAUAAUGGAGAGCAAUGCCCUGAUUGGGACACACUUUUUUCCAUUGGUUGUAGGCUUGGUGCUUGUCGGAUUCUACUUUGUGAACCAGGUUCUCGCCAUCGUUUGCAGAAAUUACAACUGAACUUCCCAAGUGAUGAUGUUUCGUUUUCCUUGAGGGAUGACAAGGAUCUUCCAUGGGCAUCAAAGUAUUUGUGAAAGGAAUAAAGUUUAUAUUUCAUUAGUUCAAUGUCCAAAUUCGAGUUUCUGGGGCAUUCAAAAUUUGUAUGCCAUUAUCAAUUGCUUACUAGAUAUUCAUUCAUUCAUUUAUUUUAAAGUGUCACAUAUGCAUUCAUUGCUUUGGAUAGCUUUAAUAGCCACUGGAAUGACAUUGCCAUUUUCAGAUCAAAUAAAACAUCGGGUUUGUUUAAAAAUUUGGACUUGUUCCGUGAUCGUUGCCAAGCAUUGCUUAUGAUCUGCUAGUGUUCUGACUUUUGUAAUCUGCCACUUUUUGGAGAUGGCUGCUGUGAAUAAGGUAUAUUGCAUUAUUUCCUCAUUCAGAAAAGGCACAAUUAAUACUA